AUGGCAUCAAAAAGUUACAUUCCUCUUUUGUUUUUCAUGCUUCUUGUUGUAUCCUCAGCUUAUCCAUUCAAGAAACAGCAAUAUAAACCAUGCAAACACUUAGUUCUCUACUUCCAUGACAUUAUUUACAAUGGCCAGAACAAGGAGAAUGCCACAUCCUCCAUUGUUGCAGCACCACAAGGAGCUAACCUGACCAUCCUGGCAGAUGAGUUCCAUUUCGGGAACAUUGCCGUUUUUGAUGAUCCCAUUACCCUGGAUAACAACCUUCAUUCAAAGCCUGUUGGCAGGGCUCAAGGCAUGUAUCUUUAUGAUACCAAAAACACGUACACCGCCUGGCUAGGCUUUUCAUUUGUUCUCAACAGCGCAGAUUACCAUGGCACCAUAAAUUUCGUUGGAGCUGAUCCCCUGAUGCAGAAGACAAGAGACAUUUCUGUGGUUGGUGGCACCGGAGACUUUUUCAUGCACAGGGGAAUUGCAACUUUGACAACUGAUUCCUUUGAAGGUGCUGUAUAUUUCAGGCUCAAAGUUGAUAUCAAGUUCUAUGAAUGCUGGUGAAGAAGAAAACAAACAAAUGGGAUAACAAGUGAGUGAGAUGUAUUGAAACAAAUACACCCUCCAUAAUAUUAUUCUUGUU